AUGGGUAAGAGCCAGAGCAAGCUCAGCGCCGAGGACCUCGCCGAGCUCCAGAAGAACACGUACUUCGACAAGAAGGAGCUGCAGCAGUGGUACAAGGGAUUCCUCAAGGACUGCCCCAGCGGCCAGCUGAACAAGGACGAGUUUAAGAAGAUCUACCGCCAGUUCUUCCCCUUUGGUGAUCCGAGCCAGUUUGCCGACUACGUCUUCAAUGUCUUUGACGAAGACAAGUCUGGAACGAUCGAGUUCAAGGAGUUCAUCUGCGCGCUCUCGGUCACGUCGCGCGGACGACUGGACGAGAAGCUCAAGUGGGCGUUCCAGCUGUACGACAUCAACUCGGACGGGUUCAUCACCUAUGACGAGAUGCUCCAGAUUGUGCGGUCCAUCUACAAGAUGACUGGCCAGAUGGUCCGCCUCCCCGAGGACGAGGACACACCCGAGAAGCGCGUCGACAAGAUCUUCCGCACGAUGGACCUGAACAAGGACCACAAGUUGACCUUUGAAGAGUUCAAGGAGGGAUCCAAGCAGGACCCAACCAUCGUCCAGGCCCUGUCGCUCUACGACGGUCUGGUCUAG